AUGUUUCUUAAUUAAAAAUAAAAAAAGGCUUUAUGGAUGUAUCUGAAUCAUAACAUGGAAAAGUUAAAUCUGAAAUAAUUUUCAGAUGGAAAUUUAUUUAAUGAAAAUUAAGAAAAGCUUACAUAUAUGAAAUUAAAGAUUAUUUUAACGAUAAAAGGCAAGGAAAUUAUAAGUGCUCUGAUGAGAAUGAAAAAGGUAUAUUACAAUAUGUUCUUAAAAGUGGUGGUGGAUUAUAUAAUUAAUAAAGUGA